AUGUUUGGGUUCCUCCGCGGUCGUCUGAAGGCCGGGCCGCUGAAGACGCCGUCGAGACCAUUUUCCUCCCUUUUCCAAACUGCUCCGUUGGAGGAGGAGAAGCUGCCAUUCUAUGAACCCGAACAGUACUAUCCCGCCCAUAUCGGCGAACUGUUCCAGUCUAGAUACCGGAUUGUAGGGAAAUUGGGCUAUGGGGCUUACUCUACAGCAUGGCUCUGCCGUGAUCUGCAGGAACACUCAUAUUCUACUAUAAAGAUCUCAACCCAGCUGCAGAAAUUUCCCAAAAAGGGGCGUGCAGAGCUGGCCAUAUACGAGCAUCUCUGCAAGGUCACUUCGUCCCAUCUCGGCCAAGCCUAUAUCCGCGACGUCUAUGAUUCGUUCGAGAUUCAGGGACCUUAUGGACGCCAUCAGUGUCUGAUGCAGCAGCCGAUGCAUAUGAGCAUCCUAGAUAUGAUGAAACUAAACCCGAACCCCAUACAUACACCACUGGUGAAGCUGAUACUAAAACGCCUCCUGACAGUUCUGCACUUUCUUCAUACAGAUGCUAAGAUCAUUCAUACUGAUCUAAAAACAGACAACUUAAUGCUCACUAUCGACGAUCCGUCGAUGUUGCAAGAUUUUGAAAAAGCAGAGUCAGACAGCCCAAGCCCAAGGAAGGUCAUAGACGAUGUGCGAUCCAUCUACACGUCUCGAAGCUUCCGCAACCCACGCAACGGUAACUGGGGUGGCCCUAUCCUAUGUGACUUUGGAGAAGCAAGAAUUGGAUGGGCACACCAAACAGGCCCAUUUGUACAGCCAAAUAUCUAUAGGGCACCCGAGGUGACUUUUCAAUUGGAAUGGGGGACGCCUGUGGAUAUCUGGAAUGUUGCUGCGCUUGCGUGGGAUCUCUUCGAAGGAAAGCAUCUGUUCAAUAACGUACUGGAUGAAGAUGGGGAAUACGAUCCAUUCAAGCACAUGGCUCAGGUCAUGGCGCUUCUGGGGCCUCCUCCAAAAGCGUUCUUAGACCGCAGUGAAACAGCGUACCAGUGUUUUGACGCCGGAGGAAACUGGAAGGCCGGAGCAUAUGUAAAGAUACCAGAAGUUUCCUUAGAGCAGCUUGAAACCCGCCUGGUGGGAAGAGACAAGGAGAAGGGUCUAUUUCUGGGGUUUAUCCGGUCGAUUCUUACUUGGCUGCCGGAGAAACGAAAGACGGCGAAUGAACUUCUCCAGGAUCCUUGGCUGAAUGCACAGGACUAA